UACUAAAAAUUGUUUUUUUUUAUCAAUAUUUUAUUUAUUAAUUUUACGAUAUUAUGUCUGUACUAACCAUUUGUUUUGGUACUUGUGGAAUACGUUUUACCCAUAGUUUUUAUUCCACUAUUUUUAAUGACAAUAACACUUCUGAUCCUAUUGUUACUCAACAUGUUAAUCAAGAGUACAAACAUACAAGUGAGUCUUGUUUCUUUGAAUUAAAAUCUAAUGGUUAUUUGGAACCCAGGUCAAUUUUAAUAGAUAUAGGAGAUCCUAAUAUUGGUGAUACUUUGACAAAAUCAAAAAAUAGUAAUUGGGGAUUUGGACAAAAUUCAUUAGGAUUUAAUUUUAUUGAUGGAUCAACAAAUAACUGGUCAUAUUGUUAUUAUGUGAAAGGUCCUGAAAUGUUUGAAGAUGUUUCUAGUCGAUUGAGAUUUGAAAUAAAUAAAAUUGAUAAAAUUGAAUAUUUUUUAAUUAUAUUAUCACCUUCAGGCGGUUGUGCUGGAUCAGCAUGUUUUAUACUUGAAAAAUUAAAACAAGAUUUUCCUAAAAUUUCUUUUAUUGUAGUUUUUGUCAUGCCAUAUCAGUCUAAAGAUGCUAUCCAAAAUUACAAUACUUCUUUUACUAUUAGCAAACUGUACAGUAUAUCAGAUUGUAUUUUUUUAUUCGAAAAUUCUGUUUUACAAGAAGUUUGUCAAGCUGGACAUUCAGAGGUCAAAGUUUCAUUUGAUGAUUUAAAUCAAAUAGGUUGCAAACAAUUAAUAUCUAUUUUUCAACCAGUAGAACAUCAAACGUUCCCUUAUUUUCUGUCUCUUGUACAUGAUAAAAAAUAUAAAAUUUUAAGAUUAAUAUCGUCUCCAAAUUACAGAAGAGAAUAUUCUUCUUAUGAAUCAACUCCAAGAUGGGAAGCAAUUGUGAAUCAAACUGUACGCUUGUUAAAUGCAUUACAUUGUGUAUCGUUUGGAAAUGUUGUUGUAUAUCGAGGUGAUACUUCCAAUGAUGUCAACAAAUUAAAUUUUUUUGAAAAGUUAAAUACUUUAUCUUUUUCUAAACAUAUUUUAGAAGAACACAAAUUUUUGCAAAUGUAUCAACAAAGACAUUUUAUGGGUUCCAAAUAUUUAAGUUUAUUGUCAAAUAACUCCACCAAUGUUUCUGGUUUAAACUCUGUAAUAAAAUUAGCUAAACGAGCUUUUUCCCAUAAAGCAUUUAUACAUCAUUAUAUUCAAUAUAAUACAAAUAUCAACGAUUUUAAAAACAAUUUUUCUAAUGUUAAUCAAAUUAUUAAAGACUAUUAUGAAUUAGAUUGA